CUCCCCUUCCCCUCGCAUCCUUGGAAGCAACAAUUAAGCAGCUCUGGGAUAAAACACACAGCCCGCGGGAGCACGGGGGCAUUGCUUCAAGAGAUGGCAAGGCAGGCAGCUGCACCCCUCCUCCCCGGAGUCCUCCUCCUCCUCUCCAUCCUCCCGGCUACUCAGCAAGGAGGGGUUCCUGGUGCUAUCCCGGGAGGGGGAGUCCCAGGAGGAGGCUUUUUCCCAGGUGCUGGAGUUGGAGGUUUGGGAGCAGGACUUGGGGCUGCAGGAAAACCUCCCAAACCAGGGAUCGGAGGACUUGGGGGGGUCGGAGGACUUGGGGGACUUGGUCCCCUUGGCCUGCAGCCAGGUGCUGCAGGUCUGUUCCCCGGAGCUGCCUUCCCCGGGGGGGUGUUCCCAGGAGCUGCCUCGGCCGCAGCGCUCAAGGCUGCUGCAAAAGCUGGUGCUGGCAUUGGAGGCGUGGGUGGAAUUGGUGGUCCUGGUGGCCUCGGGGUCUCCACAGGUGCCGUGGUACCGGGCGCGGUGCAGCCCGGCCUUGGCGCGGCAGGGAAACCCCCUAAAAUACCAGGUGCUGGGAUUCCUGGAGCUUUUCCGGGCGGCGUGCUCCCCGGUGCAGGUGUUCGCUUCCCUGGCGUGGGAGUGCUGCCUGGAGUGCCCACUGGAGCUGGAGUCAAGCCCAAAGCCCCAGGAGCUGGAGCCUUUGGAGGAAUUCCUGGACUGGGAGGUUUUGGAGGUCAGCAGCCCGGUGUCCCUCUGGGUUAUCCCAUCAAAGCUCCUAAGCUCCCAGGUGGCUAUGGACUGCCCUACACCAAUGGCCUCAGGCCCGGCGGGAUAGGAGCCGGCCUCCUGGCAGGAAAGGCAGGAUACCCCACCGGGACAGGGGUCGGAGCACAGGCGGCAGCAGCGAAGGCAGCAGCGAAACUUGGAGCCGGUGUCUUGCCCGGCGUGGGUGGCAUCCCAGGAGUUGCACCCGGUGUCGGCAUCGGCGGUGUCCCAGGAGUUGGAGUCGGAGGACCGGCAGCGGCAGCGGCGAAGGCAGCGGCAAAGGCAGGAGCUUUUGGUCCAGGGGCAGUGCCUGGAGUCGGAGGUGUCCCUGGCUUGGUGCCCGGUGUCGGAGGUGUCCCCGGGGCGGUGCCCGGAGUUGGAGGUGUCCCUGGGGUGGCAGGGGUGCCGUCGGCAGCAGCAGCAGCAAAGGCAGCUAAGUACGGCGCCGGGGUUCCCGGUAUCGGUGUGGGUGGCGUCCCUGGCCUGGUGCCCGGAGUCGGAGGUGUCCCUGGCCUGGUGCCCGGUGUCGGAGGUGUCCCCGGGGCGGUGCCUGGAGUCGGAGGUGUCCCUGGGGUGGCAGGGGUGCCGUCGGCAGCAGCAGCAGCAAAGGCAGCUAAGUACGGCGCCGGCGUUCCCGGUGUUGGUGUGGGUGGCGUCCCCGGCCUCGUCCCCGGAGUCGGAGGUGUCCCUGGCCUGGUGCCCGGUGUCGGAGGUGUCCCCGGGGCGGUGCCCGGAGUCGGAGGUGUCCCUGGGGUGGCAGGGGUGCCGUCGGCAGCAGCAGCAGCAAAGGCAGCUAAGUACGGGGCCGGCGUUCCCGGUGUUGGUGUGGGUGGCGUCCCCGGCCUCGUCCCCGGAGUCGGAGGUGUCCCUGGCCUGGUGCCCGGUGUCGGAGGUGUCCCCGGGGCGGUGCCUGGAGUCGGAGGUGUCCCUGGGGUGGCAGGGGUGCCGUCGGCAGCAGCAGCAGCAAAGGCAGCUAAGUACGGCGCCGGCGUUCCCGGUAUCGGUGUGGGUGGCGUCCCCGGCCUCGUGCCCGGAGUCGGAGGUGUCCCUGGGGUGGCAGGGGUGCCGUCGGCAGCAGCAGCAGCAAAGGCAGCUAAGUACGGCGCCGGCGUUCCCGGUGUUGGUGUGGGUGGCGUCCCCGGCCUCGUCCCCGGAGUCGGAGGUGUCCCUGGCCUGGUGCCCGGUGUCGGAGGUGUCCCCGGGGCGGUGCCUGGAGUCGGAGGUGUCCCUGGGGUGGCAGGGGUGCCGUCGGCAGCAGCAGCAGCAAAGGCAGCUAAGUACGGCGCCGGCGUUCCCGGUGUUGGUGUGGGUGGCGUCCCCGGCCUCGUCCCCGGAGUCGGAGGUGUCCCUGGCCUGGUGCCCGGUGUCGGAGGUGUCCCCGGGGCGGUGCCUGGAGUCGGAGGUGUCCCUGGGGUGGCAGGGGUGCCGUCGGCAGCAGCAGCAGCAAAGGCAGCUAAGUACGGCGCCGGCGUUCCCGGUGUUGGUGUGGGUGGCGUCCCCGGCCUCGUCCCCGGAGUCGGAGGUGUCCCUGGCCUGGUGCCCGGUGUCGCAGGUGUCCCCGGGGCGGUGCCCGGAGUCGGAGGUGUCCCUGGGGUGGCAGGGGUGCCGUCGGCAGCAGCAGCAGCAAAGGCAGCUAAGUACGGAGCUGGCGUUCCUGGCAUCGCUGGCGUUCCUGGCGUUCCUGGAGUUCCCGGUGGCCCUGGCGUUCCUGGCGUGCCUGGGGUUCCUGGUGCUGUUCCUGGUGUUGGAGUAGGUGGCCUGGCAGCAGCGGCUGCAGCCAAGGCUGCAGCGAAAGCAGCGGCGAUCGGAGCAGGACGCGUGCCCGGUGUUGGCGUUCCUGGAGUGGGUGUGCCAGCUGUUGGCGUGCCCGGUCUGGUGCCUGGGGUCGGCGUUCCAGGAGGUCCGGCAGCCGCUGCCAAAGCAGCCGCCAAAGCAGCCAAGUACGGAGCAGGUGGCCUGGCUCCUGGCGUGGGUGGCCUGGCUCCUGGCGUGGGUGGCCUGGCUCCUGGUGUAGGUGGCCUGGCUCCUGGCGUGGGUGGCCUGGUUCCUGGUGUUGGAGGUGUCCCAGGUGUUGGAGGUCCAGCAGCAGCGGCCAAAGCAGCAGCCAAGGCAGCCAAAUUUGGUGCUGGGGUUGGAGGGGUGCCAGGGGUGGUGCCUGGCGUGGGCGGAGUGCCCGGAGUGACACCCGGUGUUGGUGGCGUGCCUGGCUUGGUGCCAGGGGUGGGAGUACCUGGAACUGGCAUCCUUCCUGGGGCAGGCAUCCCCCAAGUAGGGGUGCAGCCUGGUGCUAAACCUCCCAAAUUUGGUGUUCCUGGGGUUGGAGUCCCAGGGGUUGGUGGCCUCCCAGGUGGCCUUGGAGUCGGUGGGCUCGGAGUUGGUGGCCUCGGAGCUGUUGGGAAACCUCCCAAGCCAGGCGUUGGAGGUCCCGGCUUCGGCGUAUCACCGGUAUUUCCAGGUGGGGCCGGCGGCCUGGGAUUCGGUGGGAAGCCCCCCAAGCCCUACGGAGGAGCUCUGGGUGCCCUGGGCUUUAGAGGCGCGGGCUGCGCGGCAGGGAAGUACUGCGGGAGGAAGCGGAAGUAACGCUCCGUCACCGAUCACCUCAUGAACUUUGGUGCUACUGCAUGGUCCAGAAUGUAAAUCCGAAGCAAAGCUGAGACACCCUCUCCUCAAGCCCCGGACCCCGCCCCGUCCUUCCCGGGGCCGUGCCCGGCCCCGCGUUUCCCGGAGGGACCCCGCGUUCCCCGGCAGCGCCGCCCCCCCCCCCCGCCCCUCGGUCCCGGCAGAGAGCGCGGAAUUAACUGCGGGGAGCAGCCGUCCCCCUUGGUGCUAUCGCUCUCUGCGGGAUUUGGGGGGGCUGGGCUGUCGCGCCCCUCCCCAGCCCCAGAGCUGACCGCCGGGGGGAACACAGGAUGAGGGGCACCCCACAUUGGAGGAAGGGAGGGAGGGAGGGAAGAAGGGAAGGGGAUGCCGGCGGCGGGGGCUAUGCGGGGAGGGAUGGCCCCGUCAGCCCGGCCCCCACCCCAGUCCCCGCGCUCCUCCCGGUUUGGGGGGACCGCGGGCAGGAGGGGCUCAGUCCCUUCAUGUUGCUCACUUUGCUAUAACUGGGUGGGAUGCCCCAUACAGAGGGACUCGCUUCUGACAGACUAAUAAAGGACAAGUUUUUAAAGGA